AUGCCGUCUUUCAUAUCGACCUUUGCCUGGGCCGCCGCCGUCUCGGCCGCCGCCGUGUUGCAGCAGACGGAGAUCACUUCGGGUCUCGGCCACAAGCACACGAUCCGCCGCGCUGACACCUUAUGGGACCAUGUCGUCCGCGGUGCCGACCUCGACAAAAGAAGCAUCGGGGGCGAUAGUGGUAAUUUCAAGAGGUACGAUGGACAGUUGGCAGGGUACAAUCUGCAUGCGAGGUCCGUCGAUCCCUCGAGCCUCGGCGUCGAUAGCGUGAAGCAGUACAGCGGCUACCUCGAUGACGAGGAGAACGAUAAGCACAUUUUCUACUGGUUUUUUGAAUCGAGAAAUGAUCCGGUCAACGAUCCGGUCGCCCUUUGGCUCAACGGCGGACCGGGUUGUUCGUCGAUGGUUGGCCUGUUUGACGAGCUUGGUCCUGCGUCCAUCCCCGAGGAAAACCUGAAGCCAGUCAGAAACCCUCACUCGUGGAACAGCAAUGCUUCCAUCAUCUUCCUCGACCAGCCUAUCGGAACCGGCUUCUCGUACAGCAGUAGCGGUAAGAACGUUAGCUCGACGGCAGCCGCGAGCAAGGACAUAUACGCCUUUCUCACCUUAUUCUUCCACCAAUUCCCCCAAUACGCGAAGCGGGAUUUUCACAUCGCCGGCCAGUCGUUUGCUGGACAAUUCAUUCCUGCCUUUGCCAGUGAUAUUCUUUCACACAACGAUUCCAACAUCAACCUAAAGAGCGUCUUGAUCGGAAACGGCUUGGUCGACCCCCUCACCCAGUACCGGUACUUUCGACCCAUGGCCUGCGGUGAGGGCGGCCAUGGUUCGGCCCUGAACCGGAGCGAGUGCGAGGAAAUGGACGAGGGGCUGCCGGAAUGUCAGAGACUCAUCAAGUCAUGCUACGACACCCUCGACUCGGCAAUAUGCUCGAGCGCGACCUGGCAAUGCAACAUGUCCCUCUUUCCGAUAUACGAGGGCUCCGGCCGCGACAUGUACGAUAUACGCCGCAAUAAGGGCGGUGGUAAAGGCGGCUACAGCAAGCAGUUCCUGAACUUGCAAAAUGUCAAGGAGACACUCGGCGUCAAGGUCGACCGCUUUGAACAGUGCAGCGACAGCGUCUACCACAACCUCGUGAAAGAGGGUGGCGAGUGGAUGAGACCUGCGCACCGGUCUGUCCCAAAGAUGCUCGAGCAGAUCUCCGUUCUCGUUUACGCCGGCGAUGCCGACUUUAUAUGCAACUGGCUCGGCAACCGCGCGUGGGUCAACGAGCUCGACUGGCCCGGUAAGGUCGCCUUCAACGAGGCGCAAGACAGUGCUCUCCGGACGGGGCCGGCCAAGGCCCCCUACGGACGCAUCAAGACGGCGCAGAACCUGGCCUUUGCCCAGGUCCAUCAGGCCGGCCAUAACAUUCCGGCCGACCAGCCAGAGGCGGCGCUCGACAUGUUCAACAGAUGGAUCGGCGGUGAGUGGUUCGAGAAUAAGCGAACGAGCCUGACGAGGAGGCAUGGACGGUAG